UCCCCAGGAAAUUCACUACAACCCAUAAAUUAUAACAAGGCCGACAAAAAAACGCGGCUCAGUUUGAUCCAGGGAUUUUGCUUCAAUUCGUCCUUCAUACCACCAGAAAUUUUACUCGGAUCACUGGGGUGCGAUAAAUAAGCGUCCCACACCAGCCAGCUAGAAUGGCUGCCCUCACACAGACCAUCUCGUUAGUGCCAGGAAUUGAACUGGGAAUGCAGUGGGAAGUGGGAAUGCAGCGACAAGCAGCAAGGGCAGACAUAUGCUGAUUACUUUGAACAAACGAAGCAGCAAUAUGAAGACCGUCAUGCUGCCCUGGUGGCAGAAAAGAACAAUAGAUUUAAACUCCCAAAGAUUGGACUAUCCACAUGGUUAGCGGAAAAGCUAUCAGAAGAACCAUCAAAGUAUGAUGUAACUCUAAUGUGUUCUUUUCUGUGUGAGAUAUUCAAGUUAAAAGUAUCAUACACGCACGUUGGCCAUGUGAGAAGUCUCAGUCAACUAGAGUGCCUCCUGAAGGAGGCCAAAAACAUAAGAAAUGCUGUUAUGCAUGAAGUCGCUGACGAUGCUGUCAACCCUAUGAAGUUUGAUGAAAUUGUCAGAGCCAUGCAUGAUGUGAUAGAUGAAGCUGGCAACGUGUACAGCAUCCCUGCUGAUGAAGUCACAAGUUUCAAAACUCAGAUAGAUGGGUUAUGGGAUGACGUGCGCACAGAUAAUGAAAAAGCUAAGGCUUAUUGUCGCUUCUUCCUGCAAACUUAUGGAAAUAAAGAAGCCAAAGUCAUGUGGGAAGAGAUGUUGUCCGAAGAAACUCUGCUAUUCGGUGAUGAUAAGGUUGAGCGCUCUAAAGUUUUUUAUUCCUUGGAAAUGUUAGUCCAGAAACCAAACGCACAACCAAAAGACAAGAUCUCAUACACAGAACUUCUCUGUGAGGACACCAAAAAGUUUGUAGUGGUCAUUGGUGUAUCUGGGUCAGGUAAAUCAACACUGGUGAAAAACUUGAUGAUACAGUUCCAUAAAAUCUCGGACACCGAAGUGGAGAUGAUUAAUUUGAGGCAUCAUAAAGUGAUCCUCUAUUAUGAGUGCAGGAAUGUAUCGAUUGCAGAAUUUAAUGACGUUGUUAAGGAAAAUUUCGAGAAGGUGUGUCAGAAACUUGGCCAUGAAACUGUCAUUGAAGGAAUCACUGAAUUGAACCCUGUAGUUCUAGUUGAUGGUUAUAACACACAGGGAGUCCUGACAUACGUGCUGAUGGAGCUGUGUGCGGAAAACAACUACAAAGUCCUGAAACCUAACUGGGAUCGCAUGAAGGAAGCUGCAAAUGCGGCAUUAGCUGACAAGAAUUUCUGGCAGCAAAUCCUGCUUAGCAGCCCGCACUCCCAGCUUGUAGCUGAAGAGACUGCCAGAGUCUACAAGACUCACAGCGACGUCUGGAACAUUGGCUCGGGCCGCGAUGCCGACACCAUUGCGCUGCUGCUGCCCUACCAGCAGCCCGCCACGCUCAGCGUCAGCCUCCUGGACGCCCCAGCGCCCGAGUCCUGGCGUCAGGUGGCUGCAACGUUCAGGGGGGUCCUGGAGCUGCGACUUCUGAGUGAACGCGACACCUCGCUACCAUGUGACCACAUGGUCGAGGCCUUGAGCUCAUCGAGAUGUUCGUUGUCAACAUUCUCUGGCCGCGUCAAGGAAGCAAGCAGCAUCCGAUCUCUAGGAAAAUUCGCGACGCCCGAAACUGAGUUCUUCGUCGUUACAGAACCGCACGUCAAUUUGACGCCGCUACAAUACAUGCACCAAGAGCUGUUGAAGUGGCUGGAGGUGCGUGACUGCGAGUUGACUGAAGCGCAGCUGCUAGAGGCGGUAGCUGUGAUACAAAGCAAGGGCCUCAGGACGCUCUUCCGGGGCAAGCAAAUCCAUGGGGGCCCCAGCCGAGUGCUGACUAUUCGAGAGAAGAAUUACGCGUUCAUUCUAACCGAUGUACCACCGCUGCUACCGCUGGCAGAACCAAGCAGCAGGUUUGAGGCAGCAACACCUCACAAGUCAAACGCCAGUCUCCCCAAGGCCCCCGCCGUCGGUGAUGAGAAGGCCCUACUGGCCUCGUCAUGCGGGGACCUGGACGCCGUGUACAGGAGUCUGUACGCCCUGAACGUUGUGCUGCCGCACGCGCUGCGCUUUGUAAUGGAGAAAGAGUGCGCGGACAAGCCUCAGCAGGACACUUACGCGGAGUAUUUGUUAUCGCAGUGCAGACAUCCAGUGUAUCGCGAAUGGCUGGCUUCUAGAAUUAGAAAAUCACCCGUGAGGGUGGCUCUUGAAAAACAUGAAUGUGACGGGAUAGAUCUACGGCCAUUCGAUGUUCUCCCCUUAAUCCAGCUGGUUUCCGAACUUCUAGAUAUUAGAUCAAGUCGCUUUGCCGAUGCGACCGAGCGUGCAGGAGAUUGCAAGAACGUCAUCGCUCUUCUGCAAAAAGUCCAGGACCUCAGAGUUAAGGUUCACUCGGAAAUGUGCAAGGAUCCUUCAGAACUCUUUGGGGUUCCUGAAAAGAUUAAUGAGGUUACAAUUGAGCUGAUUAGUGAGGCUGCUAAACUGUACCGAGUGCCAGAUGUGGAAGCGAAGCAGGUGGAUGAUACAUGUAAGUCCCUUGAGGAUAAAUACAACUAUGAUGUGAACCUGGAUGAUGACGCUUUUGCAUCGUACCGUGUAUUGAAAGAGAACAUGACGUGGAGAGACCAACUCCUCCUAAAAGAUGUUUUGAAAAGACGUAAUUUCUUGUCAUAUGAAUUUCGAUCUGAUUGGGUUCAUCGUCCGUUUAGAAAUUUACAUUCAUCAAUCUAUGGAUCAGAUAUACCUGAUUGCAUCCCAGACCGCACUUGGAAUUCCAUUUAUAGUGGGAUAAAGGGCAUCUUCAUUCGCUUCAACUGCCGUGACAAGAAAAUCUGCAGUUUUUCCGACGUUGUUGAGCAAAAUUUCCCCAAGUCUUGCAGCCAAAUCGGAGCUCAUAACGUUCAGUAUAUUCUGACCAAACUGAAUUCUUUAAUUCUUGUCGAGGCCUACGAUGAAGCCAAUGCAACUUCAAGCGUUGCCGUUGAAGAAAUGAUCUACAAAUUUUACAAAUUUGACUGCGAAUUUGUCAUCACAACGCGGCCUGACCCAUCGCAAUCUGGCCUGACUGCAUCUCAAAGAAAUUUCCUUGAAAGUGGCCGCAUUGGAGACGGAAUGCUAUUACCCUUCGCCUUGAAAUAUCUGGAGAAAAAAACAACCUUGAAAAUACCCUGAAAACUACCGCCGCUUCUAGACGAAUAUCCCUGCACUUGUCCCAUAUCCUGCAUCGUCUAGACCUUGCUCCUCAUUAUUAUAAAUGAUGACUGUACUGUACUAGUACCUAAAUUAUACCGAUGGAAAUCAAUUAAGUUACAAUAUACAAGGAUAAUUGCUCCAGAAAAGAGUGGGGACUCGAGAUUGAAGUUUGUUUCUGGUUAUCCUUGCCUGGCUUGAAAAAUAAUAAGAAGUAAAAUUAUGAUUUAGAAAUCUUUUCACUAGUAAAAGUAGUUGAAGAAAUAUGAGCUUCUCGGGCAAAAAAUAAUGGAAAGAACGGAUAUAACUGGGUAAUUAAGAAUUGGUGAAUUUAGAAUUUAACUAUUUGUCAUUAGUUUAGCUGCAAAAAAUUUGUUCAGUCCCCGGCGCGUUUUCUGCAGUUAUUCCUCUUGGAAACUUAAACGCAAAACCUUUAGUGAUUUCAAUUGUCGUACAUCAGCUGUCCAUUCGUUAUCAUCAGAUGGUUCUUUGCGGAUUGUUGGUUCGAAAUGCAUUGAAGGGAAGCUUUUGUGCAUUUGCUGUGUUAAUACUUAUCUCAAGAUUAAGCGAUUGCGAAUGGCCUUGAUGCACAGUAAAGUGAUUAAGUUUGAUGUUGUAAAAUUAAUCUGUUAACUGUCCAUGAGAAUUCUCCGUACAUGAAUCAGAACAGAUUAAAAAUCCCAGAUUAUGAUCACUGAGUUUUCUAAAUUUUUGGGAUGCAGUUGAGUACUGCAUGUAUUGACCAUAAUGUUGCUGUGAAAUUCGUCGCAUUUUUACACGGCAAUUACGAACCGUUUUCAUUCAAGUAAUAUAUUUAAGGACUUCCCGUAUUUUUUAUUGCAUUAAUGAACUUCAUUAUUAACUCUGAUAUUGUUGACAACUGCUUGAUUAUUUUCCCAAUUGCCAUUUAAUAUUUUCUUAAAUGCAGUUAAGAAUUGCAAUAUAUAAUUUUAUGCAGUGAAGAGCGGUCUUUAUUUACUGAAAUCCUGUUUAUAAAUGUCUUAAUUUUCUAUGAUGCAGUUAAAAACUACCUUUAUCUACUGAAAUGCUGUUUAUAAAUGCCUUAAUUUUCUAUGAUGCCGUUAGAAACUGCCUUUAUUUACUGAAAUGCUGUUUAUAAAUGCCCUUAUUUUCUAUGAUGCAGUUAAAAUCUGCCUUUAUUUACUGAAAUGCUAGUUGUUAAAUGCAUCAAUUUUCUAUAAUGCAGUUAAAAACUGUCUUUAUUUACUGAAAUGCUGUUUAUAAAUGCCUUAAUUUUCUAUGAUGUAGUUGAAAACUGCCUUUAUUUACUGAAAUGCUGUUUAUAAAUGCCCUUAUUUUCUAUGAUGCAGUUAAAAUCUGCCUUUAUUUACUGAAAUGCUGUUAAUAAAUGCAUUUUUUCCAUAAUGCGGAUGACAACUGCUAAAAAUGCUGUAAGGGUGUUAAUGAUUGCCUUCAGUUACUGUAGCGGGCCAGCAUUGGCCGCUCUAUUAGUUUUCUUCAGCUGCCGCACCUCACUACUGGAGACUGUAGAGAAAAAGUUUGCGUUGGUAGUUUUCUCGGGAAGCGGCGGAUUGCUAGUAAGGAGCCUACCUUUGCCUGACCUACCAUACGUGUAAUGUCUAUAUAUAUCUGUAUUUAAUGUCUAUAUAUUGUCUGUACUCGUAAACCUAUACGCAUUUAGUUUAUAGUCCCAUGUUGUGGCUGCGGCUUCUCCAAGAAAUUUUAAUAUACCAUGUGGCCUCUGAAGAAUCACGGAUCCAUUUUGAUUCAUCCUCGUACUUCAGAGCCCGCUUGCAGAGACCCAGUAACUUUGUGUAUGAAACGUAGUUCUCCCGCUACAUUACUAUAACAUUUAUUCGAACUUCCUUUAUAAUUACUACUAGAAGGUUAGCCUGGUUUUACCUGAUAUAAAUCUACGCUGCAAUUUUUAAAAUGCAGCAAUCCCAAAUUCUGUAAGUGAGAAUAAAAUAAAUGCGUGAUGAAUUGAAAAGAGUCGCGUUCAAAAAAAAACAUUAUACAUAAAACUGUCACAAGACUCUUGCUUAAAAAAAAUUGUCAAUCCUCGAAUAAAUAGGC